UUAAACAGGAAUGACUUCACGCUGGAUUUCCCACGCCCACUCAUGCCCAAUAUUGUACUGGUUGGUGGAAUCAAUUGCAAUGUGAAACAUCCUCUGCCCCCAGAUCUAGAUUCCUGGGUGUCUGGAGAGCACGGGUUUGUAGUGUUCACUCUGGGCUCCAAGGUGUCAGAUCUGCCAGAGGAAAUCACCUUUGUCUUUCUGGAGGCCUUCAGACAGAUUCCACAGAAGGUCAUAUGGAGAUACACUGGAAAGGUUCCUGACAAUGUCCCGGAAAAUGUGAAGAUGAUGAAAUGGGUCCCGCAGAAUGACCUGCUAGCUCACCCAGGAGCCCGUGCAUUCAUCACUCACGCUGGCUCACAUGGUCUGUUUGAGGGACUGUGUCACGCCGUUCCCAUGCUGAUGGUGCCACUGAACGGGGACCAGCCAGACAACGCUGCGAGGAUGGCCAGCAGAGGUGUAGGAAUUGUGUUGAACAUUUUAGACAUUAAUACAGAAACUCUUCUGAAGGGACUGAAGGAGGUCAUCAAUGACAGCAGGUAUAAAGAGAACGUGAAGAAGCUGUCAGAUCUUCAUAAUGAUUGUGGCAGAGCAGUGACACUUGCAGGACUGGAGGGAGGGAUUUUCUGUCUCAUCUCCCGAGCUGCUGCCUCCAGCCUGUCUGCCUUUCUGCUGGAGAUCACCACACUGCAGCCUGAAGACCAACAACUGUUAGCGAACACUCACAGCCACACUUUCACAGUGUCCCUGCGCGCACUUGACCGCGGUCACUGGCCGAGGGAGUCAGAAUUUGUGAUGCGGCAUAAAGGAGCAAAGCAAGUCAAAUCGGCUCUCCGUGAGCUCUACUGGUUCCAGUACUUCAGCCUGGAUGUAAUAGCACUGAUGACUACUGUGGUCCAUGUUUUAGUAAUGCUGACCGCAAAAUGUAUGAAGCUGUGCUUCCGUAAAGUGAGACGAAAGUGGAAGCGUGAAUAG